AUGAGGAAGGCUACUUUAGCAGAAGUUGUUAAAUUCCUUGAAAAGGAAGUUUUCCAUGUGUUCGGGGUACCCGAAUAUAUUCAUUCCGACAACGGAAAGCAAUUCGUAUCAGAAACCUUCAAAACCUUUGCUGAAAGAUAUGGCACAAAACAUGUAAAAACUGCGUUUUAUUCGCCACAGGCGAAUGCUGCCGAAAGGCAUGCUGCAUCGUAUGAAUUAUAUCGAAAGCUGGGCGCACUUAGGGACUCCGAUAGCGAAAUCACCACGGGAAAAGACAACAUUCAAUUGAUUAGGGAAAAAAUUAUUAAUGAGCUGAAGCUAGCCCACGAACGCAAUGAAAAGGUUUAUAACACGCGAAGUAAGGAANUUGGUAUACCAAUGAUACAGCAUGCUGCAUCGUAUGAAUUAUAUCGAAAGCUGGGCGCACUUAGGGACUCCGAUAGCGAAAUCACCACGGGAAAAGACAACAUUCAAUUGAUUAGGGAAAAAAUUAUUAAUGAGCUGAAGCUAGCCCACGAACGCAAUGAAAAGGUUUAUAACACGCGAAGUAAGGAAGUGAGAUUCCAAUCUGGACAAGUGGUAUACCGCCGCAAUUUUAAACAGAGUGCACAAAUCGAAAACUAUAAUGCCAAAUUAGGCCCAAAACAGGUCAAAUGCAUUAUUUUAAAGGAAAUAGGAAACUCGAUGUAUGAACUCGGAGAUAUCAGUGGAAAGAAGGUCGGGGUAUAA